CCGAGCCCUGCCCUCUCCCCCGACGCCAUGGAGAAAGGAAAGCCAUUUAAACUGUUCGUGCCGCCGCGCCUGAGCAGCGGUCAGGUGUCUGCGGUCAAACCCCAGAGCAGCGCUCGGGCCGCGGGGCUGUGUCAGGGUUUUAACAAAUGCCCAGAUGAUGAUUUUAAUCCACCUUUUGUAAUGACGAGUACACUGAACCAUAGUGAAAUCACUGAUUCAGAUGCAAUUUCACAGCAAGUAAAACUUUGCCCUGAGAUACAUGAAGAGGUCAGCUAAGUAUAAAAUUUGCAUUUAAGUAUAAACUUUGCAUAACCAUUUUCUUAGGGCCUCUUAGUUUGUUCCUGAAACAGUGUCUAAAGCACUAUUCAAUACUAGAGGAAGUAGUCAGAGGGUAGUAAUCAUUUUCUGUGUCUCCAGUUUAAAGCUGUGUCAGUUUGAGGAGGUAUUUAAUAUUCAAUGAAUAUACCUAUAGAUAAAUCUUCAGAUAUUAAGGUGAUUUCCAUGUUAAUAGUGCCUGUGAAGUGUGUAAGUUUUAAUCACAGUAAGAUUUAGGCACUCGACAUUGUGAACAUGUUUCUGAAUAGUCUGAUAGAAGGCACAAGGGUUGAAGUCAGAAUAUUCUUUGGAGAAUCAAAGUAGGUUAUUACAAUUACCUUGUCUUUAUUUUAUCUGUAAAGCAGUGAAUUUACUGGAGUGGUUUCCUCAAGCAUUUGAUUCUUCUCAUUACCUCUUUGCCCAUGUUCUGCUUUAGUGUAACUCAGUAAAGCUAAUUUUUUGCAGUAGCUUCCUGUGCUUCCUAGAUAUGAAAUGCUGGUUUCUGCAAGAAAAUGGAACGUAUUUCUCGCAGCCCAUUUAAUGAUUUUCAUAUCCUUGAGGACUGAGCUUCUUUUAGCCCUAGCAGAUAUUAAAGUACAGUAAGAAUUGUAAAGAAAAUAAUCAUGAUGCCACCAAAACAAGGAUAGCAUUAGGUGACAUGAAACCUACCUGUAGAACUGCCUUGUAGCCCAUUGUUCUACCUGCCUAAACCACUGAUCAAGCAUGGCUUAUAUAGUGGUUUAAAGAUAUUCUAAGAGUACAAUGUUGGUUGUAUUUUUUCUUGCUUUGUGUAUGAGUAAGCUAAAAAUAAACAUCGCAGAUCAAGAUCUCUGUAGCUUGUUUUACUUAACCCAGCAGUGUCUAUUGUUACAAGAGAGGGGAUGUUCAGUGAAGAGCCUAAGAGAAGGAAUCUUGGCUCUACUGAUAAUUCUAGCAAAACUUUAUUGAUUUUAGGUGAAGUGCAGUUAAAUAUAUAUCUAUCCAUUUAGCAGUAUCACUGUAUUUGAGGGCAUUAGGUUAUUUUUCACUUGCGUUUAUGUCCCUUUAGUGUUCCUUAAUGUCUGUUAAUACAUAUAAGUACACAGAUACGUGAACCUUGUCUCCCGUAUACAGAAGUUUGUGUCACCAUCUGUGAGGAAAAAAAACUUAUGAUGUUAUUAAUUAAAUAGCACUUGAGAUUUAAAUUGUGAUUUAAAUUUAUAUGUUUUAAUAGAAUAUAGAAACAAUGAAUGAAUUGUAUUCAAAACUCUACAAAGAGGCUGAGAAGAUCAAGCGAUGGAAACUGACUGUAGAAUCAGACCUAAAUCAAAAGGAAAGAAAAUUGCAAGAAAAUAGAAAGAUUAUUGAAGCACAGCGUAAAGCCAUUCAAGAAUUGCAGGCCAGUAUUGUACAAAAUAUGUUGAAUAUGUAAAUUAAAGAGAAAACUCUUUCUGGUUUAGUAUGAAAGUAUUAUUCAUACAAUUAAAUACUAAAGGUUGUUACAGAGGUUGAAGAAAUCAUUUUGACCAAUUCAUUUGAUGACUUUAAAGAAGCUAUUUGACUAGUUAUUAAUGACAUAUGGUUCUACUUUUUCAAAAGGAAAAAGUAUAUUUUCUGUUUUAAAAAGUUGUUUACCAUAUUUUAACAAUGCAAAUUCCAUUAUUGUAUUAUUUACGUGCACAUCAUACUGUGGGGAUGCAGAAACCUCCGCAAGAUUGAAUAAGCUUUCAUCCUCCUGGUAUGUGUAAACCAUGCCCACACAUAUUUCUAUACUCAGCACAUACAGGAAAUCUUGCAGUCUUGCUUCAUCCACAUUUUUUCUCUUGCUGGUAGUGAUAGAGAACUUUGUGACUGAAAAAACAUGUUUUAAACAAUUUAUUUGUCCUUUUUUGUUGUUUGCUUGCAUCAACCUGCAUAACCUAAGUCAUCUUUGAUUGUUUAACUUAUGCCUUGAGAAAAUGGUUAUUCUGAGAAAACAUGCAUAUCCAUAGUGUGCAAAUGUAUGUAUGGAUAACAUGUCUUUAAGUGCUUAAGAUCAUGGUAAAUUAUUUUUUAUUAUAUUUUCAUGCAAACUAAUAAAAGUUGUGUUGGCAUGUAACAUCAGAUAAAGCAGAUUUCUGUCUUUGGAUGCAUAGAAACAGGUUUUCAUGUGUUUUUUGAAUUGAAAGUAUAAUUGCAGUAUAUUUUUCAGUAACAAUAUAUUUUGUAUUUGUCUCCCAUGAAACUAGUUUGAAAAUGAAAAACUAAGCUUAAAACUGGAAGAUGAGAUAUGUGAAAAUAAAGACCUUUUAAAAGAAAACAGCACUUCAAGGCAUCUGUGUAACCUACUCAAGGAAACCUGUACUCACUUCACAGAGAAGUCCACAAAAUAUGAACACGAAAGAGAAGAUACGAGACAACUACAUGUGGAACUUAAUAACAACAUUGAAAGAUUGAUAGUGGCAUUUGAAGAGCUUCGUGUGCAAGCAGAGAAUACCAGAUUGGAAAUGUGUUUCAAAUUAAAAGAAGAAGCAGAAAAAGUGGACAAGUUUGAAAAAGAAUACAAACUGGAAGUCAGUAUGAAGGAGAAGCAGAUUUCAGUUCUUACCAUACAGAAUGGUGAAAAAGAUGAUGCAAUAAAAGACCUUAAGACUCAGCUGCAGGAAUCAAAAAAUAAGAUUGCAGACUUAGAGGAAGCAAAAAGACUGGAAGGGGAAACGUUAAAAGAAUCCCAGCUUAAUCAAGAGUAUUUGAGGGCAGAACUGGAAGAAGCCAAAGUUUCAUUGCAAAAAAAUGAGGCUACUCAAAAGAGCUUAGAAACUGAACUGCAGACUGCAGUGAAAACAUUAAUUCAGGUCACUCAGGAGAAAGAAGCACAGAUGGAAGAAUGUAAAGAAACUAAGGCUUUGCAUACAUCCAUGAUAGAAGAGUUCAAGACUUCUACUUCCAAUUUAAAAACCUUGCUGCAAAAAGAACAAAAUAGAUUGAAGAAAUAUGAAGAAGAGUCAAAACUGCUUACCUUGGAGCUCACAAAUAAGUCUGCUGAGCUGGAAGAGAUGACUAAACUAAAAUGUGACAAAGAAAUGCAACUUGAAGAGCUGUCAGAAACACUGGGUAAAGUUGAGGAACUUCUUGGGAAAAAGAAGGAUCUUGAGGCUACUGUUGAAAAUUUGCAGGAGAGAGGAAAGGAAAUGAAAAAUAUUCUUCAAAUUAGAGAGAAAGAAAUGCAUGAUUUGCAAAUACAGCUGACUACUAAAGUUGAAAAGGAACAGAGUUAUAUAGAACAACUUACGACACUGAAUGCAGAUCUGGAACGAGAGGCACUAAAGAAUGAGCAACUAACAGUGCAUAUCAACACGCUCUUAUUAGAAAAAGAGCAAAUGGACCAAGAGAAAAGUAAUAUAGCUGCAGAACUCAGGAAACUACAAGAAAUUCAUGAGGGUGAUAGAAAAAAAGAAGAAAAUACAAAGCUGUUAGUAGAUAAUCUGGAAGAAACAAAUGGCCAGCUAAGAAAUGAAUUAGAGUCUUUGAAGGAGAAGAUGGCAAAGAAAGGUGAAGAGAUUAAAAGCAAACUGGAUGAAAGUGAAGAAAAUGUAUGCCAUACUAAGAGUAUUGAAAAUGAAAUUUCAAGAAAGGAAAGGCAGUUGAAGAUUCUAGACAAUAAGUUGAAUAAUUUGAAGAAACAGGUGGAAAAUAAAACAAAGUAUAUUGAAGAGCUGCAACAGGAGAACAAGGUGCUGAAAAAGAAAAUGACUGCAGAAAGCAAGAAAACAAGUAUUUAUGAAGGGAAGGUGAAUAAACUACAGCUCGAGAUGGAAAAUAUGAAAAAUCAACAUAAGGAAACAGUUGACAUGUAUAAAAGAGAAAUUGAAGCAAAAAGAGUAACUGAAAAUAAAUUACUUCAAGAGGUAGAAAAGAUGAAGUUACUUGCUGAUGAAGCGACAGUAACACAGAGAGAAAUGGACAUCCGAUGUCAACACAAGAUAACUGAAAUGAUGGCACUUAUGGAAAAGCACAAACAUGAAUAUGAUAAAAUGGUUGAAGAAAAGGAUACAGAGUUAAAACUAUGUAAGAUAAAAGAGCAAGAGCAGUUGUCAUUGAAAAGAACUUUGGAAAGCGAACUGUCAUGUUUGAAAAGUGAACUGUCAUCCCUUAAGGAGCAGCUUAAAGUAGAAAUUGAAGAGAAGAAAACACAAACUUAUUUUACUGAGACACCUAAACCUCAUUUAGAUCGGGACUGUACAUCUAUUAAUGUAAAAAAAAUAUUGUCUCAAAAUAUUCCUGUAAAAGUCAACAUGAUGGAAAGUAGAAAAACAUCUCCUCCAGCACCUGCAAAAAGUCCCUUGGGUAGUCGAUUAUUAAAGACAUAUAUUGUAAAGACUCCCCCAGUACAUAAAAUGCAAAGUGAAAGCACAAAUCUGCUUUCAGAACAGAGGAAAAAGCAAAAAGUGCUUCUGCAGCUGGAUGCUCAGUCAGAUAGCUCUGAACAUAGUGAUCUCUUGAGCAUAGUUUCAGAGGAAGAAAUGUUUAAAAAAUUAUACAAAGAUUAUCCACAAGCUUCACAAUUAUAUGCCAUGACGCCAAAAAAGAAACCGACUACAUCAAACCUGAAAGCUCCAGGCUCUGCACUGAAACUUACAACUAUGAGAAAAAUGAGAGAGGCUGGGUGGACUGCAGUUUCCAAAAUGGACAGGAAAAGAAAAAUUAAAGAAGCUGAAAAACUCUUUACUUAAAAUACAAAAAAGACUAGUGCCCAGCAUUAUUUGAUUAGUACAAGCACAGUAUUAUUAUUCUUUGAGAGUUAGUACAUUGUUGCAUUUUUCUGUCUUGUUCAGUGUGUUUAAUACUACAUUAAUUUUAUUUUUACAAAUAGUCCUUAUAGAACUACUGCAAUCUGUGGAGCAUUUUAAACAUUUCAUUCACUAUACUAUAAAAAGUCUUCUUUGAAAUUAGUCCAACUAUGAAUAAAGCUGUUUAAAAAAAAUAAAUCUGGCAUUAGAAAUACUGGCUGUAACAAAUUUCAGUUCUGUUAUGUAAAAUUUGCUCUCUUUUUCGUAACAUAUAAUUAACAAAAGGAUAUUUAGUAAAUGAAACGCUGAAAUGCGUGCAUUUUUAUGUGAAAUUGUCUUGCUUUUUCUUUCAUUGUAAAUGUCAGAACUGUCUUUUUAGACUGUUUUGUUUGCAAUAGCUAUUACUUUGGUAUGUUAGAACAGUUUUGGAACUUUUAAAAUUGGAUUUUCAAUAGUAUUAUGUAGGUAUAAGAAGAUUUCAGCUUCAUUAGGAACAAAAUAUGUACACAUAUUUUAAGAUUGUAAACACAGUAGUAAGAUGUCAUUAAAUUGUUAAUUUGAAGCAUAAACUGUGGAACCAUA